AUGAAUCUUAAUUUCUUCUUUUUCCUAAUUUCAAUUGGUUCAGGAUUGUCACUGAAUUGCACUUCAAUUCCUCAAAGUGAUCAAGUUGCUGGAAAACAGCUGAGUGUUCCAAAUGGAGCAGCGAUGCCAGUACUUCUUCCAGCCAACUUUAACUGUAUCUAUACUAUUUCACCGCCGUUGAUGGUUUAUGCAAAAGUGCAAGUCGAGAACAAGUUGAAAGGUGUCAAUGAUGUAAUCAUUGUAAGAGACACUUUAGGGAAGAGUACGAUUAUCAACAGUAAGAGCAACUUUAUAACUCUCUUCACGGUCUUUCCAAAUACCAUCACAACGAUUCAAGUGACAACAAAAAGUGUUCAGAUGAAUUCGAUGUUUCUUCUCAAUAUUUCAUUCGAGAAAAUGCCUACGCCAAUUUCCAGACUUCUCGAGACGGGGACGAAUACAAUGAAUUAUCGAAUUCUGAAUGAAACUCAAAUUGAAUUGAGUGGACGUCAACUAGUGACUUACCAGACAACUGAUAGGAUAACAGUAACUCUUGCUAAUUCUCUAAACCGAGAUGACAUAUUCAACAACUUUUACGUUGUUGACGGAGACUUCCAUUAUCCAACAGUCAUUCAGAGAGUUUCUGAUUUCAAUCAAUGUGGAAAUCAGUGUUACCGUAGUCAGACAAGUACAGUAACCAUUGUUGGAUUGGAUGAGUACACAGACGAAUCAUCUGUUAUUUUGAUGUCAACUUCCGAAUCAGAAGUAUACGAUGAAGUGACUGCAAUGACGCUAUAUGAUUCUGAGAAUUAUUUCGAUGUUUCAAAUAGAACAGUGAAUUUCGGCUCAAAAACUUCUAAUGUUGCUUAUGUUAUUUUAUCGAAAGAUUCUGAUGGAAUUGUCAUUCUAAACUUUGAAUUUACUCAGACUACACCAGGAAUGGUUGCCAAGGCGGUAGCUGGUCCUCCAAACAGUGCAUCGAAGUCAUACUGUCUGAUUCUGAGUCUUCAGAAGAAGAAUAUGCUAAUUUAUUCGAUUAGUUUCACUUUCUUACUUGUAUUUUCAAUCUUUUGGGGUCUAUCUGAGGAAUUAGACUGCACACAAGUUCCAGUCAACGAUCAAUCAGCCGGAAAAGUACUUUAUAUUCCUGAUAAUCAGAAUACUUCGGUACUUCUUCCAUCAAAUUUCAACUGCAGUUAUGUGAUCAAUCCGCCAAAGUUAACUUACGCCCAAAUCACUGUAACUAACAAUUUGAAAGGUGUGAAUGACAUCAUAAUCGUGACUGAUGGACAGCAGAAAACGACUAAAGUUAACAGAAAUAAUCCGAGCACGGUCGUCUUUUAUGUAUUUCCACAAACAUCAACUACCGUAGAUGUACAGAGUUUUGAUGAUACAUCACGGUUCCAAAUGACAGUUUCUUAUAUUGCAUUGCCAGCACCACAGCAAAGAGCUCUUCAAAAAGGUCAAAACCUCAAUUAUCUCUCGCUGAGCAGCAUCCAAAGAAAACCACUUUCUCUUUCUGGAGAUGGAACGAUCACAUUAACCAUAGCUAAAUCCGACUACAAUUACGAUGUAUUUACCAAUUAUUUCGUCAUCGACGGAGAUAUGAAUAAUCCAAGAUCAAUCAGAAGACUCGAUGACUUCACACUCUCUAAUUUUAACACGUCGUCAAAUGUGAUUACUGUAGUUGGACUUGAUGAUGCUGUAUCACAUUCAUCGAUUAUUCUGACCCCCUCAUCGGAUCUUGCUGGUUUUACUAAAUUCGCCGGAGUUUCAGUGGAUGGAUCAUCUGGAAAUGUGCUCGUAUCGGCUACUUAUGGACAGAAAAUUGGGAUAAUAAUUAUUGCAAAGGAUAUCCAACAGCUGGUUCUUGAUAAAAUGAAAAUUGGAGAAAGUUCGUCAUGCAGUUCAAUAGCUGUAACUGGUUCACCGACGGCCGAUUCGAAAACUCUCAUGAACUUCCACACAGAUCAAUACACAUUGCCUCAGCUCUUUCCAUAUCCAUAUUUGUCAAUAAUUGUGGAGAACUGUGACGUUCAAUUCAACUUUACAACAUCACUCCCUCCCAAUUAUUAUCAGUUGGAUAGCGAUCGAAGUGGAUUUAUUUAUUCACCCAUUUUCUUUAACAGUGAAACAACAAAUGGAUAUGUGAAUCUCACAUUUGUGUAUACCGGCGAUGAGAAAAAGCAGUUCGUUGUAGAUGUUGAUAGAGCAAUGUUGACUUCAAAUUCCGAGUUAGACAUAAAUAUUUAUGACAGUGAUUGGAGGAAGACAUUGAGCACAGUAAUAACGGGUAACCAGGAGGGAACAAGAUCUCGUGCGUUUGGAUCAUAUUUAAAUGUUCAAAUGUCAGGAUACACGUCUGCUAAAUUGCAUUGGCAGCUCAGUUCAUCUAUCGGGUCUGUGUUCGGUAUCCACUCAAUUACUCUCAUUGUUGCAUUAAUUUUGAUGAUCUCAUAUUGA